CUAACAAUCUCGCAGCCUUAUCUUCUUCUCCGGCGACUGAGCUCGAACAACGACGAACAUGGCCACCACCGGAGACGCACGGCGGAAUGAGUUUUCCAUCUCCACGCUGCUGCUUCUCUCACUCUCCAUCGUCGUCGUCGUCGUCUUCCUCCUCCCUGUUUCCUCCGCCGGCGAAACCUCCUCCUUCUUUAACCACCGCAAGAUGUCCGCCGUUGGAACUUCUUCCAACUCUACCUACGCCGUCAUCUUCGACGCCGGAAGCUCCGGCAGCCGCGUCCAUGUCUUCCACUUCGACCGGAACCUGGAUCUUCUCUUCAUCGGUUCAGACAUUGAGGUUUUCUCACAGAUAAAGCCAGGGCUGAGUUCGUACGCUGAUGAUCCUCAGAAAGCCGCGGAUUCUCUAAUUCCUUUACUGGAGAAAGCAGAAAUCGCAGUUCCUGAGAAACUUCAAUCCGUGACGCCGAUUCGCCUCGGAGCGACGGCAGGGCUUCGGUUCUUGGAAGGCGACAGAUCUGAGAGGAUUUUGGAAGCGGUCAGGAAUCUUCUGAAAACGAAGAGCGGAUUCAUGUACGGAGCGGAUUCGGUUUCGAUUUUGGACGGAAAUCAAGAAGGUUCUUAUCAAUGGUUGACAGUAAACUAUUUGCUGGAGAAUUUGGGGAAGAGAUACUCUAAUACGGUGGGAGUAAUUGACCUUGGAGGUGGCUCUGUUCAAAUGGCGUAUGCAAUCUCUGAUGAAGAUGCAGCCAAGGCGCCCAUUUCUUCUGAUGGCUACUCCAAAUUUGUUCAGAAAUUUUACCUCAAGGGCGCUAAUUAUUACCUCUACGUUCACAGUUAUUUGCGUUACGGUUUACAAGCUGCCCGAGUUGAGAUCUUGAAGGUGACCGAAGAGCUUGGCAACCCCUGCAUUUUAGCUGGCUAUCAAGGUACAUACGCAUACGGUGGAAAGGAGUACAAAGCAUCGUCACCUCGAUCGGGGUCGAGCUUUGCCCGUUGCCGGAGUGUAAUUCUGGAGGCACUGAAUAUCAACAAAUCAUGUGGGUAUAACGAUUGCAGCUUUGAUGGUGUAUGGAGUGGCGGCGGAGGAGCCGGCGUGAAGAACCUCUAUGUUGCUUCCUUUUUCUUUGACAAAGCAGCUCAGGCGGGUUUUAUAGAUUCCGACAAGCCAGACGCCAUGGUGAAGCCCAUUGAUUUCAAGAGAGCUGCGAGGAUUGCUUGUCAAACCAAGUUUGUUGAUGCAAAGGCCAAAUACCCUAAUGUUUACUCGAGCGACUUGCAAUUUGUGUGCAUGGAUCUCGUGUACGAGUACACGCUUCUUGUUGAUGGCUUCGGCAUUGAUUCUCGGAAGAGUAUCACAUUGGUGAAGCAGGUAGCAUAUCAUGGUUCUCUUGCAGAGGCGGCAUGGCCAUUGGGCAAUGCUGUAGCCAUCGCCUCAUCCCCAAAGUACUCAACUGCAACUUAUUGAUCAAGCUAAAUGGGAACUUUGUGUUCUAUUAUGUUUCCUAAAAGUGGUCGUUGUAGGGUCGAGUUCGAAUAAAGUUACGACUUAAUGGAGCUAGAAAGUUGUCAAACUUUGAGGAUGGUUUAAAUCGUCAGUACUUUUUAACA